CACCCACCUGACCUCACAGCUGUCAUGAAGUGACUGAAAUGUCACGUUGGCUUUCGCCGACGUUUGGUAUCAUCUCCGCCUAGAAGCGCGCUUCGCCCUGGUAAAAGGCGACAAUGAAGUACAAUAAGUGUUGCGGUGAAUGCUUCCAGGACUAUCGCUCGCACUAGCACAGACAUUCCUUACCUUCUUCACUUUGGUGCUAACUUUGCACAAUCCGGUCGCCUCAUCGACAACCUUAAUAGCAGCAUCAAAGCGGUAGUCCUGCAGUUUGGCUGAGAACCUUGAGCGGGGCAACGACUUGAGAAAGAAUCGCUUCGAACUGCAUCGUACCAUGACCGGCCUCGUGCUGCUUUUUGGGUUGCUCUUCACCGUCUGCGGCGCUGGCGCUCUGCAUCUCAACGUCUCGGAUCAAGAAUCCAUCUCGCAAGCUGCGACCACUCUAACCAAAGGCCUCUACGGCUACCACAAUGUCAACUCCACAGCCGGCCAGUUCGAUCAGCCGCAGCCCUGGUUCUGGUGGCUGUCCGGCGCCGGCUGGACCGCAUUAAUCGACUACACCGUCUACACGAACGAUACGACGUACGUCUCCGACAUCCAGGCCGCUCUGGCGCAGAGCCUCGGUCCCAGUUUUGACUUUGUCCCACCGCAGCAAGCUGGCUGGGAGGCAAACGAUGAUCAAGUGUACUGGGUAUAUGCCGCUCUCACGGCGAUGGAGUACGACUUCCCAGCUUUGCCCUGCGUCACUGCCGCCAAUAAUACGAUUGGCAAUUGCACCAACUCGUGGUACGCGGUGGCUGUCCAUGCCUUCGAAGACUUCGUCACACGCUGGUCGAUCGACAGCGAGACGUGUGGCGGUGGGUUGAAGUGGCAAUACAACCCAUCGGCUUCAGGCUGGUACUACAAGAAUGCCGUCAGCAAUGGCGGCUUCUUUCAAACUGCGGCAAGACUGGCACGCUAUUCAGGCAACCAAACUUACACCCUUUGGGCCACCAACAUCUGGAAUUGGUCUGUCAGGACAGGCUUGGUGGGCGACGGCUAUCAAGUCUUCGACGGCAUGAGCGAUGCCGAGGGCGCCAAUUGCUCCUCCAUUAACCACGACCAGUGGAGUUACAAUGUCGCUGCUUACUUGUCCGGCGCCGCCUACAUGUACGCGGCUACUGCCGACCCAACUUGGGAGACCAUUACGCACGGCCUGCUUGCAUCGGCCAACAGCACCUUCUUCGGAGGACCUUCUAGCAAUGCUACGGAUGUCAUGUUCGAACCAAAGUGCGAGCCCUCGGGUUCGUGCAAUACGGAUCAAGCGAGCUUCAAGGGUAGCCUGGCGACAUGGAUGGCGAAGGCGUCAGCGCUGGUCCCAAGCACGAGGCUGACUGUGAAGGCGUUGCUCGACAGCAGCGCGGUGGCUGCAGCGGGCGCUUGUAGUGGGCUGGACAGCGAUACAUGUGGGCUCAGGUGGUACGAAGGCGGGUUUGACGGAAAUGCAGGCUUCGGACAGACUCUGGCGGCGCUCGAGGUCGUGCAGAGCUUGCUGGUGACCACUGCGCCGGAGAUGGCCGUACUUUCGUAAUACUGCCCAGCAGACACGAGUAAUACAAGCGACAAGCGUUCAGAAGGGCGCGCUGCGGCCUGAAACGUUGAUGCAGAGGUUAGUCGACUGCUGCCAUUUCUCGUAUUGAUCAAGACAUCACCCGUGCCUCGAAUACUGACUCGUGCCUUGCUUUCUUGGCCCAAAGUCCGGGAUUGCUAGGCCUACCGACGGAAGUCGCGUGUUGUGCGAUCCUGAUCGGAUCUAGUCUCUACGGUAUUGGUUGGAUGCAACGAUCAUGGCAAGCAAGUUAACACCGUUGCGUACACGAACAGUGCUUAACUUAGGAAGUCCGAAUUGAGGAACGUCAUAAGCAAUCUCUACGUAGUCGUAUUUAUACGUACAGCUUGAUUGGUAGAGCUUAU